GCCUGGCGGGAGGGGCGGCUCUUCCCGGCGCCCAACCCCGGAAGCACAGCCGCCCGAGCUCUCCGAGCCGGCAGAAACGUCGCUCCCGCAGCUGCAGCCGCCGCCGCCGCCGCCGCCACCACCAAAUCCACAGUCAUGCCGAAGCACGAGUUCUCCGUGGACAUGACCUGUGAAGGCUGCUCAAAUGCCGUCAGCCGGGUGCUGAACAAACUGGGAGGAGUUGAGUUUGACAUUGACCUGCCCAACAAGAAGGUUUGCAUCAACUCUGAGCACAGCGUGGACAUUCUGCUGGAGACCCUGGAGAAAACAGGAAAGGCUGUUUCCUACCUUGGCCCCAAGUAGCGAGGGCCCGGACCCCUGGGCCCAAGAUGGACCAAAGGGAGCAGACCAGGAAACUGCAACCUCAAUUUGCCCAAGGCCUCACUGUUCCUUGGUGUUGGAUCAGAAUUUGAACCUAGACAGUGCACCUGCAGAGCCUGCUCUUUGACCUCUAUGCUAAGAACGACUGCCUUCCACUAAUGGUCUUGGAGUGAGGAGGACAGACUACUAUGGAGCAGAAGCACUUCAUCACCACUCGGGUAUCACAUCCGUUCAGACCCCCUUUGCCCCCAGUUUGUGCUCCGUCAGCAGCAGCUUGAUGUCUAAUUCAAGAUGUCUCAGCACAGGGAGUAACAUGCCCUGAGAUGUGGAUGCCAAACUUUCUAGCAGAACAAGAGCCCGGCCCUCAAAUUUACCCCGAGCACCUGUCCUGUACGUCCUACGCUGUCUGUAUGAGCCAUCCUCGAACACUGCAAAGGUGACCAAAUGGAGCAUCAGGAUCUGCAAAUGCCCUGACCUUAGGUGUGGGGACACAUCUCACGACCUCCCCCAUCUCUGGACUGUCUCUGGACCUUGCCUGAACGCCUGCCGCAGGUCCCCCUCUGUGACAGGUUUCUAUGUUGUAUACAGGGGCACCACAGCCCCAGGGCCUUUCUGCCUGUUAUCACUCACUUUUCCCCUGGGCAAAGGAGCUGAGGAAUUGUCCAGCCUAAUGGACAACAGGAAGCUUUCAGGACUUGGAGCACCAUGGAGUUGCUGUGGAGACCUGAGCCGUUUAGCUCACCCCGACUCUUCAGGUUUCUCCUUGUCCUCCAGCACAGGAAGAGGCCAAGGAAGGAUGAUGGGAUGAGGUAAUGGGCCUGAGAGACUUUAUCUUUGAGAAGGUUCUGGAAAGGCCCAGGGGCCACAGGUAUUGUUUUUGUCCUUAGGCUGACCACCUUUCUGAGAGGAAUGUUGGUGGGGGUUGGGCAUGCUGGGCAGCCCGUUCAGAGGACAGGGGGGUUGGGACAGUGAAAGGCCAUCAGCAUCGCUGACCUGUUUCUGUCAAGAGCAUAACCCUGGAAAAUCCCAGAGCUUCACAUGGCCCAGUCUGUGCAGAGUCCCAGUGGAAGAAAACAAAGUCCCACCGUCACAAGUCAUUUUUAGAAGCUCUAUAAUCUUUACUUCUGUAUCUCUAAGAGCAUUAAAAAGGAUCUAAUUAAUAAUCCGUACAAAACUCCA